GCCUUUUAGUAUACACACAGAAGCAACUACGGUACAGUUCACACAGUCACACUUCACUCACUGCAGCCAUCUGAGUUCACAGCACCAUGUCCAGUAUAGCUAACCACUUGGCCAGGAGGAAAGCUAGGGAGGAAGGUGAAGGCAACAAUGACAAUGCCAUCCCCUUUAACAAGCAAGACUUCCAGACCCUGAGGAGAGAGUGUCUGGAGAGUGGGAAACUCUUCAGUGACACAUCCUUCCCUGCUGAUUGGAACUCUCUCGGGUACAAUGAGUUGGGUCGCUACUCUUCAAAAACCCGGGGCGUGGAGUGGAAAAGACCAACGGAGUUGUGCUCAAACCCUCAGUUCAUUGUUGAAGGAGCCACGAGAACUGACAUCUGCCAAGGGGCUUUGGGUGACUGUUGGUUGCUGGCAGCCCUAGCCUCUCUUACCUUGGACAAAGACAUCUUGGCUCGAGUGGUACCCCCUGGGCAGAGCUUUGAGGAGAAUUACGCUGGCAUCUUUCACUUCCAGUUUUGGCAGUAUGGACAGUGGGUGGACGUUGUGAUUGACGAUAGGCUGCCCACAAGAGAGGGGAAACUGCUGUUUGUUCACUCAGCUGAGGGCUCAGAGUUUUGGAGCGCCCUGCUGGAGAAGGCCUAUGCUAAAGUCAACAGUUCCUAUGAGGCCUUGUCUGGGGGCUCCACCACAGAAGGCUUUGAGGACUUUACUGGGGGCAUCGCUGAGACAUAUAAUCUUAGCAAAGCCCCACAGUACCUGUUCCAAAUCAUGAAGAAGGCCCUGGGGCUGGGUUCUCUUUUGGGCUGCUCCAUUGAUAUAACAAGUGCGUACGAGACGGAGGCAGUUACUCGUCAGAAGCUGGUGAAGGGGCACGCAUACUCAAUCACUGCAGCAGAAGAGGUACACCUGCAUGGGACUCCAGUUGAGCUCGUGAGGAUCAGAAACCCCUGGGGUCAGGUGGAGUGGACGGGUGCCUGGAGCGAUGAUUCCAGGGAAUGGGAUGGAGUACGGCCGGAGGAGAAAUCCAAGCUAGACCACUCUGCAGAAGAUGGAGAGUUUUGGAUGGCCUACUCCGAUUUCCUAAGGCAGUACUCCAAGCUGGAGAUCUGCAACCUAACUCCAGACACGCUGGUCAGUGAUGAAGUGGGUCGCUGGAACCACUACCAGUUUGAGGGGAUGUGGAGGGUAGGCUCUACCGCUGGAGGAUGCAGGAACAAUGCAGCCACAUUCUGCUCUAACCCCCAGUUUGCCAUUAAAUUGGAUGAUGUGGAUGAUGACCCUCUUGAUGGCAAGAAUGGCUGCACCUUCUUGGUGGGCCUCAUGCAAAAAGACGGCCGCAAAGAGAGGAGGUUCAGCCGGGACCUCAACACCAUUGGCUUUUCAAUAUACCAGGUUCCUGAUGAGUAUAAGGGCCGCACCAACAUCCACCUGGGCCCAGAUGUGCUGCUGAGACAGAAGUCUGUGGCAAUGAGCAAUACCUUCAUCAACCUGCGGGAGAUCUGUGACCGCUUCACGCUGCCCCCCGGGGAGUACGUCAUCAUCCCCUCCACGUUUGAGCCGCACAAGAAGGGCAGCUUCCUCUUGAGAGUCUUCUCCGAGAAGCAUGCUGCCACCAGUCCAAUGGAAGAGGAUAUCAGUGUGGAAGUUGAUGAGCCUGAUAUUACAGAGGGUGAUGUGGAUCCCUACUUCAAACGUCUAUUCUCGCAGAUUGCUGGAAGCGAUUCCGAAGUUUCUGCCUUUGAACUUCAAAAGAUUUUAAACAGAGUGGUGACUCAGAGAUCUCACGUAAAAACUGAUGGAUUUAGCCUCGAGACCUGUCGUCACAUCAUCAGUCUGUUGGAUAUGGAUGGCAAUGCAAAGUUGGGCCUGGUUGAGUUCCAUACUUUGUGGACUAAGAUCCAGAAGUAUUUGGAAAUCUUCAAAAGUCACGACUCUGACAACUCUGGCACGAUCAGCACCCACGAGAUGAGGGGGGCGUUGUCUGAAGCAGGAUUUCAGCUUAACAGCGAGGUGCUCCAGCUAAUUGUGUCCCGCUACGCUAACUCAGAGUACUCCAUGGAUUUUGACUGCUUCAUGGGCUGCCUGAUACGACUGGAAAUGCUAUUUAAAAUGUUCAAAACGCUUGACAAACAGGACAGUGGGAAGAUCGAAUUGGAUGCAUUGCAGUGGGUCUGCCUGGGCCUCAAUUAAGAUUCCAGAGAUUAUAAUCUACUACAGGGACAGAUGAAGACAUACAACUCAAUUGUGUUGGACUCUACAGCUACGAUUUCUCAAUGUGUUAUUUUACUGUUGCUUUUAUUGAAUUAGAAUUGGACAAAAUACUUUAUAGGGCUCUUGUCUACAGUAGCCUAUGGAUCACUCUACACCAGGGUUGGGGUCAAUCAGAUUAAAAAAAUAUUUUACCAUAAGACAUAUUGAGACCUAGGUCGCUUUUUCAAAUGUGCCCUGCACAAUACAACAAAAAAUAUACACAUUAUGGGAAGCACAAGUAAAACAUCACAAAUCACACAGAAAAACAGUUACAUUCCUACAAAAUUAAGUCCCCAAUCAAUACUCUAAACUGCCCGAACAGCACCAAAAUAUUAAGAUGAAAUGUAUUUUGUCCCAGCAGCACGGUGCUUUAAAAGUAAAACGCAGAUAUUCCUAGCUUGGUGGAGACCCUAGGAACCUCAAGAUCUAACCAAUCCUGUGAACAAGUUAGGCAACUCAUGUGUCUAUACUUCAACAGCAAAGUUAGAUCAUUUGGAAGUUUAUGAAAUGGGGCCGUGUAAACGAAAACGGAGUAAUGUAGAGAUCUACGGAUCUUUAGCGAAGUCCAGCCAACCUAUUGAUACAGUCUGCAGUGAUGAGUAUCACAACUGUCACCUGUAACAAACCGAAGGGCACAAUGGUAGAUGGCAUCCAAAGAACCAUCUAAUGAGGGAACAUGUAGUUCCUCAAACAUUCUUACUAGAGUACAAAAACAUGGAUUUUGUUUUGCCCGUACAUAUAAUUAACUUCAACUCACAAUUGAAAUUUGAAUUGAGACAUGAAAAGUUUCAUGCAUAUUACUAAAAGCAUCUGCCACUAGCCAUAUCACUCCAAAAAUGUAAUAUAACAUUUAAAAUAAUAACUUGAUUAUCACUUAAAUAUGUUUUUUUUAUGUUUCGUUUUUUAGAUGUUAGGUUGUUACUAUAUUCAUGAUAUUCAGUGAGGUCCAAUGGUAUUAGGACUGUGACAAUUUGUUUUGUUUUGAAAUUAUACAAUGACUAUGAGGUUAAAGUGCAGACUGUCAGCUUUAAUUUGAGGGUAUUUUCAUCCAUAUCAGGUGAACUGUUAAGAAAGUACAUCACUUGUAGGGGACCAAAAGUAUUGGGACAAAUUCACUUAUACUGUAUGUGUAUUAAAGUAGUCACAAGUUUAGUAUCAGUC